AUGUCCCCUCCAAAGCCCAGCACACCGGCCAAAGUCAAGUUCGGACCGCCAUCAUCUUUCAAAGCAACAGUAGUUCCAGCAUUUGCUCUCCCACCUGGCACCAAACGACCCUGCCUCUACCAAAUUUCCCAAUACCAAGCACCAGACCCUCCAAAAUCUCCCAGUCCAGAUCACGAUGAGCCCUCACUUCCAAAAGGCCCGCUGACUCUCCCCACAGCUACCGUCCAAAAAAUCAUCUCCGAGAUCCUAGCCACGCCCUCCCAGAAAGGCGAACAUGGGAAGCUCAGUGUAGCCUUCGCCCGCGACGCGAGAGAGCUUCUGAUCGAAUGCUGCGUCGAAUUCAUCACCCUCAUUUCAUCUGAGGCCAAUGAGAUUGCGGAGAAGGAGGCAAAGAAGACGAUUGCAAUUGAGCACAUUGAUAAGGCUUUGCGGGAUCUAGGGUUUCCGGAGUAUGUGAGGCCCGUGCUUGACAGCGCGGGGGACGCAAAGGAGAUGCUGAAGACAAGGGAGAAGAGGACGACGAAGCUGGAGCAGAGUGGGUUGACGCAAGAGGAGCUUUUGGAACAGCAGCAGGCGCUGUUCAGGUCUGCGAAUGAGAAGUACAACCAGGCGGACUGA